AUGGCUUUCAACAAGCUUAGUGCACUCAUUAUAUUGCUUUCUCUUCUUUCUUAUACCAUAUUUUCACAUGCUUGUGAAUCAUGCAACCCAAAACCUAAGCCUAGUCCUCCACCACCUUCGAAAAAUCCUACGCCUUGUCCUCCACCACCUUCAACAACACCUAAGGCCAGUCCUCCUCCCACUCCUUCAACAACACCUAAGGCCAGUCCUCCUCCUACUCCAUCAACAACACCUAAGGCCAGUCCUCCCCCCACUCCAUCAACACCUAAGGCUAGUCCUCCUCCUACUCCAUCAACACCUAUCACUAGUACUCCACCUCCUUCAACAACACCUACGGCUAGUCCUCCUACUCCUUCAACAUCACAAAAAUGUCCUAGUGACACUUUAAAGCUAGGUGUUUGUACUGAUCUUCUUGGACUUGUUAAUGUUGCUCUUGGAUCACCUGCUUCAAGCAAGUGUUGUGCAUUGAUUCAAGGUUUGGCUGAUUUGGAUGCAGCAAUAUGCCUUUGUACUGCUAUUAAGGCUAAUGUUCUUGGUAUCAACUUGAAUGUUCCUGUCACACUCAGUCUUCUACUUAGUGCUUGUCAAAAAUCAGUUCCCUCUGGUUUCCAAUGCUCAUAG